GUGAUAUUAUCACUGGGGGGAGACUCCAUGACACUUCACUGAGCUGUGACACUGUGAUAUUAUCACUGGGGAGACUCCAUGACACUUCACUGAGCUGUGACGCUGUGAUAUUAUCACUGGGGGGAGACUCCAUGACACUUCACUGAGCUGUGACACUGAUAUUAUCACUGGGGAGACUCCAUGACACUUCACUGAGCUGUGACACUGAUAUUAUCACUGGGGAGACUCCAUGACACUUCACUGAGCUGUGACGCUGUGAUAUUAGUAGUAUCUUCCUGUAUGGUACAGGUCCUGCUGAGAGCACAGACACAGAGAUGAAGCCUGUGUGCUGCUCAGCCUAGACAGUGGAUACGGUGUCACUAACCCAGAUCCUGUUGCGGACGCUAGCCUACUGCUGUUGACAACGCCAUCCUCACUAUGACCAGCCUAGGGAUCCAGCAACGUCCCACUGACCACAGACAGAUAGGGAGGAGUCCUUUACUCCUGUCUCACAAACAGAGGUCCUCCUCCUCCCUGCCCCUCCUGAAACGCCUGCACCAGGCUGGGGGGCCGUAUGCUGUCGCUGAGCCCCAGACAGACCCGCCGUCGCUGGGUGACUACUUCUCCCUCCUCCAGCGACUGAAAGAGGAGACUUACAUGUACAAACAGAACAAGGAUCUGAAACAGGUACAGAGCAGGAAGCCAUGGUGUAAGCAACAGCCUCACUCUCCGCCUCUGGCCAGUCCUCUUCCCAGAGGCCCUAGCAGCAGAGUCCCACCACUUCCCGGAGUUCCCAGUAACAGCAGCAGGGUUUUACCGUCGGGUCGUACCCAGCGUAGACUGAGCCAGCACUCCAGCCACAAGAUGGCGUCCUCCUCCCAGAAGAGUAAACACACCCCUGCCAUCAUCAAGGGCCAUCGCCACUUAAGCUACGGAGGAUCCGUCCCACCGGAGAACAUCACCAUUCAACAGUUUUAUGACCUUACACCUACCAAGAAAAGUAACGUCCGCCUCAACGACCAGCUUAUACCAAAACCAACGGACAUCAACAUCGGAGAGAUAAUGAUAAAGGUUCCAAUUCCAAAAGAACAUCCGUAUCAGACCCACAUCUCCCGCUUCGCCCUGUUCCCAACGUUCCGCUCACCAGACGACCCCGACACAGGCGUGAGAGCUGCGUCCCUACGACCCCUGAACCCCCUCGUCCCGUCCUCUGCUCCAGAGGUCACCGUGCUGAGAAAGACAAAAGGAGGUCCUUAUCGUCAUGAGGUACUGGAGGCACCCAUGACAACCAGGAAGAAAACCAUCUCAUGGCCAGGACAGCAUGGCUUCCUGGAUCACCCCAAGCCAGUUAAGGGCGAGGCCCAGACCCAGGUAUUCUACCCUAAGUCCCAGAAGACCGUGUUUCCCAACCCCACAUUGCGUGACUGGGACGUCACGCUGUCUGAACGAACAGCCAACAUGCUCCGCAACGUGGAGAAGUCCCACUGGGUCACCUCCUACCAGCUUCACUACACAGGCACUGGGUCUACUAAUCCCUGGAGGUUGGAUGACUACCAUGAGAACACCGUUGACAUGAUCACUGGGAAGAUAAAUCCCUACACAACACAGCUGAGGGAGCGAUCCCACCCCGUCCUGCUGCCCCCUAAACCACGAGACGGGCGCAAGGCCAGAAUACGCCAGGGUCGUCAUAAGGUGGAGAGCACCUACCACCCUCCUGUCACUGCCCCAGCAGCAGAGUCCCACAGCACAGACCAGACUUCCUCACAGAAUCACCCUGCUGGGCCUCUGGGAACUAUGUCUGGUCACCAAAGUCAUCAGGAGAUAAAGGGGAACCCUUCUACUCAGGACGGCCAUCCCAACAACAGCCACGGCCACUCAGAGCUCAGUCUAGCCAGGCCUGGGGCUGGAGAUGUGUCUGUGCCGGAGCCUGCUCAGGUGUCUGGCUAUGUGUUCCCUGGUCACCACCUUCAACAUCAAGGCUCCAGGUGUGAGAGGUGUGGGGAGGAGAGGUGUGAGUGCCAGGUCAAGGAGGUCAGAGAAGGGCUCCAUCACCCAGGGCCAGGGGCAUCAGACCCCCAGCAGAGCAGCCAGGCUUCCAGAGCCUCCCUGGAGAAGGUCACAGACACAGAGAGCUCUCUGGCCUUGUACAGCUGCCAGCUGCCCCAUUCUCCCCUGAAUGAGACCACAGAGGUCACCAAAGAGAAUAACACCCAGAGAGAGGUAUGGUACGAGGACGUUCCUAGCAGCAAGAAGCAGAGCUACACAGCAUCAGGGGGUAACCUGUUCAGCCUGAGCCAGCCAGCUCCAGCAUUGGCUACUAACAACACAGGGGCGGCAUAUGAAUCUGAGACAGAGCUGUCUGCUGCUGAUCAGGUCUCUCCCAACAUCCGUAACUGGCGUUCUGGCGGGAAUUUAGUUUUGGGUUCUGAGAUGACUGUCAAUCAGACCCUUGAAGAACAGGAUCGGGAGUGGCAGAACAGAGAGAUCCCCAUCCCACGCAGUAUCUCCAACCCCUGUAUCCAACCCCGUCCACAUGCCCUGCCUUCCACCCACCCAGGGGAGAGGGGCCGGUGCCAGCUGGCCCUGUUGGAGCUCCAGGACUCCUUCAGUAAGUCGGAGGUCCACCGUCUCUUCCACAGCUCCCUCCAGGGGGGCGCGGUCGACCUGCAGGACAAUGUACACACCGGGAGAAAGCACCGCUUCUACGGCUUCAACUCCUUCUAUUUCCACAACUGAGCACUGCAUUGUAGACCUACCACUAUGCCCACAGUCUGUAGGGAGUGGAAGACACCAGAGGGCUUAGUGAGUUGAAUGGGUCUACGGUCUACAACGUUCUCUCUUCAUGAUGGGAAAUCCAACCAUAUACUGUCGCUUACUCAAAGCUACUGACAUGUCUAUCUUAUGAUGUCUAUCUUAUGAUGUCUAUCUUAUGAUGUCUGUCUUAUCAUGUCUAUCUUAUCAUGUCUAUCUUAUCAUGUCUAUCUUAUGAUGUCUAUCUUAUGAUGUCUAUCUUAUGAUGUCUAUCUUAUCAUGUCUAUCUUAUCAUGUCUAUCUUAUCAUGUCUAUCUUAUGAUGUCUAUCUUAUCAUGUCUAUCUUAUCAUGUCUAUCUUAUCAUGU